ACUGUCGGCGUCUGCUGCUUGAGUUUAAAGGGCAAGAGUGUUCAUCAUUCUCUCUGCUCAGAGAGAAAACUUUGAACAUUUCAGAGUUUUGAGGAGGAUUUCUAGAACCCAAGGAGAUUAGUCCACGUCAAAAGACUUCGCCUGAAAACUCGCCACAGCAUAAUUUCAGCGUUACUCAUGGAUAUAAAAAGUUUACCAGGUGGGAAGUCAACCGCUGUUUUUGCAUCCCAUUUACUGUAAUUGAAAGAUGACGUUUUGUCCGGAAUUAUUGAGGAGUUUCAGCUCUUGAAAGCCGAUUGGUGUGUGUGGGAGUGAAAGAGAUGGUGCGGUUCGGAGCCGAUAGCUGACGGAGCCGAUAGCUGACGGAGCUGAUAGCUGACGGAGCUGAUAGCUGACUGAGCUGAUAGCUGACGGAGCUGAUAGCUGACUGAGCUGAUAGCUGACGGAGCUGAUAGCUGACUGAGAUGAUAGCUGACUGAGAUGAUAGCUGAUGGAGCUGAUAGCUGACUGAGCUGAUAGCUGACUGAGCUGAUAGCCGACGGAGCUGAUAACUGACAGAGCUGUAGUAGGAUGAGAUGAGAGAGGAUGGAACACAUGGACAGCCCCGCCUCCCACAGCAACGACUCCAACGGGUUCCUCAAUAAAGUCUUCAACGUGUCUCUGGAUGUGCAGAAUGAAACUGGCACCGUAUCUAUCCAGGAGACUGGGAAGGGAGAGGGUCAUGGAGAAGGUCCGGGGCCAGGCCAAGCCCAGAGAGAGUGGCAGGAGACUGGGGAUAGACAGGCAGACAUCCAGGCACCCCCUCAGACACCUGGAAAGGAGCGCCCGGAGGUCAACCGUAGAACAAGAGCGACUGGGGGCAUCUGGAAGAUCUUGACCCGGCGUAGAGUGGCCUCAGAGCUGGAUAACAGAAGACCUCACUCCAUGAUCCUCCCUGGAGAGGAGGCCUUCAUCCCUAAACUGUCCUUUGCUGACAAGGUCCGCUCCAUCAAGAAGCUCCGCUCUCCGGGUGUCUUCAAGGGGAGGGUGGGUAAGAUGUCUGGGUCCAGCACUAAGUUCAGAGAUGGAGAGACGGAGGACGACUCGUUCUGCCGGGACUUCCUCCCCUCGCCCGGCCUGCACCACUGUAGGGGCACACUCCGCCACCGUGCAAAGAGGCAUUCAUAUGCCGGACACACCGCCGAGUUCGACUGCUCAUUUGAGGACAUGGAUCUGACAGCUACCCUGGACAGACACCAUCUUCACUCACUAGUGGAGCCUCUUACCCAGAACGGCUCUAAGCCCACAGAGAGAAUCUCCUGCUCCAAGAGACCUCAGGUCCAGGCGCAGGCCAACCACUCCUCUAACUGUAACAGUACCUCAGCAGGAGUGUGUGAGGAGCAGAGUGUGAGGGACAGCCCCAAGGUCCCGCUGGGUGGGAGGAGAUCUAAGAGAGCUGACGUGUGGAGUUACCUGAGGAGGAUCUCUGUCCUGGGGAAGGGGAACCCGGCCUACUCAGAGAGGAGUUUUGACUCAGAGCUCCACACACUGGACAAGACCAUGGACUCUGACUACGGCUCGGUGGACUUCGAGAGCGUCAGGGACUUUCAACCAGCGGCUCCAAAGCACUCUGACAGCAAAGGCGGACAUUUUGGGGGUCUGAUUAAGUUCUUCAGCAACUUUGCGGAGACGGCUAGAAAAUGGCGGACGUCUUCUCGCUCCUUCUCUCCUCCAGAGGAGGGAGGGGAGCGGUCGCUGCUGGGCUCCCCCAGAGCAGGGCAGCAUCUGGGGGACUACGUCCACAGUGUGUCCCUGACCCUCCGCAGUGAGGACCACCCAGAGUGUCCCCCAACACCCGCCUCACCCCUGACCCCUCACUCCCCUCGCUCCCCUGCCUGUGACCCUGCCUCACCCCCUCCUCUAAUAGGCAGACGGUCUCCUCAGGUGAGGCUGAAGGCCUGGAGAGUGAGUCGGGACUCAUCAAGCGUUAACGGCCUGGUGUGUGUGACCUCAUUGGAGACGGACAGACAGAUGGACAGACAGACAGAGAGACAGACACGGCAUACGUCUGUAGCCACAGUAGAGAAUCACGAGCCACACUCAAGGCUGGAGAGAGAGACUCAGAAAGAGAGAGAGACAGAUGUAGACAGAGAUCCUUUAGAAUGUCUGUCUACAGUGGAAGAGAGAGAAAGCGGGGAGGGAGGAGAGGGACACUCAGGAAAUUACCUGGAUUCCAAGGAUGCUCUAACUGUCUCGGAGCAGACACACCUUCCAAAUGGCCAAUCAGAGUUACGGGAAGGAGAGUUCGUAGCCACUAGGGAACCAGCAGGAAACUGCUACCUAGAAGUAUUUAAGGCCCUGUCUCGUCCCCUGGGGGCGCCACCUUUAGAGCCCCCCCUCAGAGUGUCUCUUCAGAGGUGUCGCUCCCUCCCUCUCCCCCCCAGCACCCUCACCACUCUGGCCCUGUUCCGGGGACACACAGCAGACUCCCAGUCAUCCUCAGUGUGUCUUGGUGUUGGAGAGGCUGGCAGCUGCAGGAGGAGACUGCUCAGAACAGGCUCUGGUCCACUACAAGUCAACAUCUUGAUAAGUGGAGGAUCUAUCGUCAGCGCUGAGGCAGUAUGGGACCAUGUGACCAUGGCCGACCGAGAGUUGGCGUUUAAGGCCGGUGAUGUCAUCAAGGUGCUGGACGCGUCCAAUAAGGACUGGUGGUGGGGUCAGAUCGACGAGGAGGAGGGCUGGUUCCCCGCCAGCUUCGUACGGCUGUGGGUGAACCAGGAGGAUGGGGGGGUGGAGCCUGUGGAGGGGACCAGUGAAAUGGCUAACGGUCACCUGGAUCCGACCAACGACUGCCUGUGCCUGGGCUCGCCGCUUCAGAACCGUGAUCAGAUGAGAGCCAACGUCAUCAAUGAGAUUAUGAGCACAGAGAGACACUACAUCAAACACCUCAAGGACAUCUGUGAGGGCUACCUGCGUCAGUGUAGGAAGAGGGUAGACAUGUUUAACGAUGACCAGCUGAGGGUGAUCUUUGGGAACAUCGAGGACAUCUACCGUUUCCAGAUGGGCUUCGUUAGAGACCUGGAGAAACAAUACAACAACGAGGAACCACACCUGUCUGAGAUAGGACCCUGCUUUCUAGAACAUCAAGAUGGCUUCUGGAUCUACUCUGAGUACUGUAACAACCACCUGGACGCCUGCAUGGAGCUGUCCAAGCUGAUGAGAGACGGGAGGUACCAGCACUUCUUCGAGGCCUGUCGUCUGCUGCAGCAGAUGAUCAACAUCGCUAUCGACGGCUUCCUCCUCACACCCGUACAGAAGAUUUGCAAAUACCCUCUGCAGCUGGCCGAGCUGCUCAAAUACACCGCACAGGAACACAGUGACUAUCGCUACGUGGCGGCGGCGCUGGCGGUGAUGCGUAACGUCACUCAGCAGAUCAACGAGAGGAAGAGGAGGCUGGAGAACAUUGACAAGAUCGCCCAAUGGCAGGCCUCCGUCCUGGACUGGGAGGGUGAUGACAUCCUGGACCGGAGCUCGGAGUUGAUCUAUACAGGAGAAAUGUCUUGGAUCUACCAGCCCUAUGGACGCAGUCAGCAACGGGUCUUCUUCCUCUUUGAUCACCAGCUGGUCCUCUGUAAGAAGGACCUGAUUCGUAGGGACAUCCUGUACUAUAAGGGCCGUAUCGACAUGGACCGCUAUGACGUGCGGGACGCCAUCGACGGACGUGAUGACGACUUCAACGUGAGCGUGAAGAACGCGUUCAAAUUGCACAACAAAGACAGCGAGGAGCUCCACAUCUUCCUGUCCAAGAAACAGGAGGAGAAGAUGCGAUGGCUCCGGGCUUUCCACGAGGAGAGAAAGAUGGUGCAGGAGGAUGAGAAAAUCGGGUUUGAGAUCUCAGAGUACCAGAAGCGUCAGGCAGCUCUGACUGUGAGGAAGGUAUCUAAACAGAAAGGUGUGAACAGAUGCGUGCCCCCUCCUACCCCCUCCCCAGGACCCCCUACCCCUGGGACAGUAUGACCUAACAGAGGACUUGGCACAAGCAGAGGUUUUUGAAUUCAGUCAAUCAAAACGAGGCCAGUCUCUUUUCUGGCACGACAAUUCUACUAGAUUAACAACGUUUGAGAAAUAGAGAAACAGACUCUUUCCAAGGACCAUCUAUUUUUUUCUGAGAAACACUCAAAGUGUUUGGAAGGUUACAUCAUCGUCCUGUGAAGAAGAAUUGACGAGGAAAAAAAGAACCACUGAAGGAAGGACCAAUGAUGUUUCAUUGUGAGUUGUCACCCAGGAGACUGGAGAACUAUGGAUUCUAACUUCUUCACUUCAUUCUAACUGUUCUUAGUUCUGAGUUCCAAUGCUUCUCUACUCCAGUAGACACUCCUGUUCCAUACUGAACUGUACUGUACAGGAAUCUACUACUACAUCCCUCAACCCCACCAUCGCCAUCUGAAUGUCCUGGAUUCAUGGAGAUAGCUUUUAUUUUGUUCUUUUCAGGCUCUGGCAUUUUUCCAUAUUUGAAGUAAGCAUAUUUAAUGUUCCUUUACCAGAACUAGUGAGUCCACCUACCUACAGUACAGUAUGAUUGUGUAGAUGACAGGUGUUGUGUUGAUGUGUGUGUCUGUGAGGAUUAUGUUGUUGUGAUUGUUGCCUGAGGUGCACUGUAAUAAUGAGGCUGAGGUGGCAUCCUAUUUCCUACAUUGUGGGGUAGGGUGCCACUUUGACUGACAGGAGAGCUGUUGGCUGGUUCUGAUGUUUCUCAGAAGUUCUGUUGUCAGCAUCACCUGUCCCAUCAAAGACUGGUCAGACCAUCUCUCUCUCUCUCUCUGUCUCUCUGUCUCUCUCUCUUUUCUCUAUCCCCUCUGUCUAUCUUUCUGAAAUAAACAGUACAAAAUUAACAGUAAACAAUACACUCGCAAAAGGA